CAAUCGUCUCUUCACCUUUCUUUUCGUCUCAAUGCAUCCUUUAAUUAUAGUCUGUCUGUCUCACUCUCCACUUCAAAUCCCUAAAUCCCCAAGCAUCACCCUAUCUAGAGUAUUCCCGUCUCUUUGUCAACGACUCCACAUUCUGGAAAUCAAAACCCACCGCAUCCAUGGCUAACAACCACCAGCUCCUCUAAACCUUCGUUCAUUCAUCUCCCGGAGAAAAGAUCCCGAGUAGCUAUGAAAGCUUCUCUCUCUAGAACCAACGAGGCUUCUUUAUCCGCCGUCAUCUCCAUGCUCGAGCGUGAACGGCAAGGAUUAACAGUGGCAUACUGCGGAGGAUUUCUGCCGGCGCGAUAAGAAAACCGAUGAAGAGAGGAGGCUAAGAGACAUGUGGCGUAAGAUUCAAAGAGAAGACGAUUGGGCCGGGUUAACGGACCCGAUGGACCCGGUUCUCAGAUCGGAGCUGAUCCGUUACGGCGAAAUGGCUCAGGCCUGUUACGACGCCUUCGACUUCGAUCCUUCCUCGAGAUACUGCGGCAACCCAUGUCGAGUGUUGGCCUCUAAAUGUAUAACGUCUCCAUUUAGAUCCGACGUGGGUUGUUGGUUCGAUGAGGCUCUUAGAACUCAAGCAGUGCUAUUGGAGGCAGGCUUUCUGAAUAUCUUUGGUAUUGCAAACUCCAGAGCGGUGUCUGUAUGGACCGGGUAAAUUAGAGAUUGAAGUCUCAGGAAGUAGCUCUCGCUUUGUGGUUGGCUUCUUAUGUACCGAGCUU